UGAUCAACACUCCAAUAGUUUUUUUCUUUUUUCUUUUUUCUUUUUUUUUUUUUUUUUUUUUUUUUUUUGUUGAGUCUUCAGCCUAAUCCUUUGGCCUACAUCAUCAUAAAUUCCAAUUUUUCGGCUUCAACUCAACAUGAUCUCAAGCCCACUGGUUCUUGUUUUCUGUUCUUGAUAAAUGGGAGAAACACAAUCACACUUCUCAGCUCAACACAAAGAAUGAUAAUAUCCCUAAUUUUUUGAAUUUCCAUCACUUUCUUGAAUUUCAUUCACAAAAUCUUAAUCCUUCCUUAUUAUGGAGUGUGGAAGGAAUCACCAUUGUAUGGAAUGCUGCAAAUUUGAGCUGUUUGUAAUAUGUUUUCUUCUAUUCAGCCUUCCUUUACCUUCAGCAGCUCUUGGAGGAAAUGAAACAGACAGGCUUGCAUUGCUUUCUUUCAAAUCUGAGAUAACUGUAGAUCCAUUUGGUUUGUUCAUCUCUUGGAACGAAUCUGUUCAUUUAUGCAACUGGGUAGGUGUUAAAUGCAAUCCACAACAGAGAGUUACUGAGUUAAAUCUUCCCUCUUAUCAAUUCAAUGGUAAAUUAUCACCUUCUAUAGGGAACUUGAGUUUCCUUACGACAUUAAACCUCCCUAACAAUAGCUUUGGUGGGGAAAUUCCACAAGAGAUAGGCAGCUUGAGCAAGCUGCAAGAAUUGGACUUCAGAAACAAUAACUUUGUUGGGGAAAUUCCCAUUACCAUAUCAAAUUGCUCAGAGCUUCAUUACAUUGGAUUGUUAAACAACAAUCUAACUGGCUUGCUGCCAAUGGAACUUGGGUUGUUAACCAAGCUCGAAGUAUUUCAGUGUUCUUCCAACGAACUGUUUGGAGAAAUACCUGAAACAUUUGGAAAUCUGUCGUCUCUCAAGGAGUUCUGGGGUACCUUGAAUAACUUCCAUGGCAAUAUUCCAAGUAGUUUUGGGCAGCUGAGGAAUUUGACAGCUCUUGUUAUUGGGGCAAACAAGUUGUCAGGUACUAUUCCUUCCUCAAUCUACAAUAUUUCCUCUAUGAGAAUCUUAUCGUUACCUGUGAAUCAACUUGAGGGUGGGCUUCCCACAGAUUUAGGCUUCAUAUUCCCAAAUCUUCAGGUUUUAAAAAUCCACACCAAUCAAUUCAGUGGACCAAUUCCUUUUACACUGUCCAAUGCUUCAAAGCUAGAGGAGUUCGUGAUCUCAAAGAACAUGUUUUCUGGGAAGGUGCCUAGCUUCGCGAGCACAAGGCAUUUAGAGGCUUUUGGAAUAGAUAGAAACAAUCUUGGAUAUGGGAAUGUUGAUGACUUGAAUUUUCUGUUUCCUCUUGUUAACUGUACCAAUUUGAGUUCUAUAAUCAUCAGUGACAACAAUUUUGGUGGGCCACUACCUGAGUAUAUAAGCAACUUCUCUACAAAGCUCAGGAUUAUGGGAUUUGGUCGGAAUCAGAUUCAUGGAACAAUUCCAACAGAGAUUGGAAAUCUCUUUCAGUUAGAGGCAUUAGGACUGGAGACAAACCAAUUGACUGGUUCUAUACCAAGCUCAUUAGGCAAACUACAUAAACUGAAUGAUUUGUUUUUGAAUAUGAAUAAACUCUCGGGGACAAUCCCAGAAUCUCUUGGAAACUUGUCUGCACUUGGGAGAUGCAAUCUUAGGUUAAACAAUUUAACUGGAGCAAUACCACCAAAUCUAGGACAAAGCCAAACUCUGCUAAUGCUGGCACUUUCUCAGAACCAAUUAUCUGGCGCAAUACCAAAAGAAUUGUUGAGUAUAUCAUCUUUAUCAAUUGCUCUAGAUCUGUCUGAGAAUUAUUUGACUGGCUCCAUUCCAUUGGAAGUGGGAAAGUUGGUAAACCUUGGUUAUUUGCAUAUUUCUGAUAACAUGUUAACUGGGGUUAUUCCCUCUACUCUCGGUGCUUGUACGAGCUUAGAAGAUCUUUACUUGGAUGGAAAUUUCCUUGAGGGUCCUAUACCUGAGUCUUUGAGUUCUUUGAGAGGUAUCGAAGAACUCGACCUUUCGCGCAACAAUUUGUCAGGGAAAAUUCCAACUUAUUUGCAGGAGUUUGAAGUUCUGAGCUAUUUAAAUUUAUCUUUCAACAAUUUGGAAGGUGAAGUUCCUACUCAAGGAGUGUUCAAAAAUACAACUGCGUUUUCAAUUCUCGGAAAUAAGCAACUUUGCAAUGGUAUAAAUGAAUUAAAUCUACCCAGAUGCAGUUUGGAUUAUCCCAGAAAGCAGAAGUUAACUACCAAAUUGAAAAUAAUUAUCUCAGUUGUUAGUGGAUUGGUCGGAGCCCUUCUGAUCAUUUGUUGUCUGCUCUUUUUCUGGUCAAGGAAGAAAAGAAAUAAGUCUGAUUUGAGUCCAUCACUGAAGGCUUCUUAUUUUGCUGUGUCUUAUAAUGACCUCCUUAAAGCCACCAAUGAGUUUUCUCCAGACAAUCUAAUUGGAGUUGGCGGUUAUGGGUCCGUCUAUAAAGGAAUCCUUAGUCAAGAUGAAAGUGCUGUUGCGGUUAAAGUGUUCAACCUUCAACAUAGGGGAGCUUCUAAGAGUUUUCUGGCAGAAUGUGAAGCCCUUAAGAACAUUAGACAUCGGAAUCUUGUCCGAAUUCUUUCUGCUUGCUCAGGAGUCGAUUUUCAAGGAAACGAUUUUAUGGCAUUGGUUUUUGAUUUCAUGGUUAAUGGCAGCCUAGAGAAGUGGCUGCAUCCAGUUGAUAAUUUGAACCAGGAAGGGGAGGAAAGGUAUUUAAAUAUUAUGCAAAGGCUAGAUAUUGCCAUCGAUGUGGCUAGUGCUCUGGAUUAUCUGCAUAAUGGUAGCCCCAUGCCGAUAGCUCACUGUGACUUAAAGCCAAGCAAUGUUCUUUUGGAUGCUGACAUGACUGCUCAUGUUGGAGAUUUUGGAUUGGCAAAAUUUAUGGCUGAAACUUCCUUUCAGAACAGAUCAACCGAAAGCGGAUCCAUUGGCAUACGAGGCACGGUUGGAUAUGCUCCUCCAGAGUAUGCCAUGGGAAGCAAGGUUUCAACAUACGGUGAUGUGUACAGUUACGGCAUCCUAUUGUUGGAGAUGUUCACUGGAAAGAGUCCAACUGAUAAUACGUUCAAAGAUGGAUUAACCUUGAACAACUAUGUUCUUACUGCCUUACCUGAAAGGGUACAAGAAAUAGCAGAUCCAACAAUGGGCAUUCAAGAACUGAAGGGAACGGGAAACAAAAAUCUUAUUUUUGAGGCUAAUCAAUCGCUCAGAAUUAAAGAAUGCUUGUUUUCCAUUUUCAGCAUAGGAGUUGCAUGUUCUGCACAAAUGCCUAAUCAGAGAAUGGAUAUCAGUGAUGUUGUUUCCCAACUAUGCCUUGCAAGAGAUAAUUUUUCACAGGGCUUACGAGCACAAUACCUUGUCGAAAAUGAGCAAGCUGUCAAUCCUCCCUAAUCAUUACCUUCUGUAAAACCAUGUCCUGAGGUCGUAAUUUGUUAAUGAUUUUUAGUGGAUUCAUGUCGCUAUCUCAGACAAUAUUCGAUUUUCUUAGGUAAAUCAGGUAUAGAUGAGAUAGAUAUGAAAUACCAUAUAUUUGUAUUCCUUUUGGAAAAAAACACUAUGUUAAUUUAGAGUGAUACAUUAGCACUAA